AUGGACACACCAUCAUCAAUCUCUACCAGUACGGACAUAGAGAGAGAUCUGAGGCACCGGUUAAUUUUCUUUGGAAAUGAUUUCCCAAGUGAUAAUCUUGCCGAUCUUUUUCGUCGUCUUCAUCGAUGGUCCAAGGAUGCGAAGUUCAGGGUUCUUGCGUUGUUUCUAGAUGAGAGCAUCGCUGUUCUGAAUACCGAGAUAAGUCAACUAUCACAGAAUACUCCCGACAAAAUAUCCUGUCUUCAGAAUGUUGUUGGAUUGGUCAGCGCAUAUGAAGCCGUUCGUACCACACCAAUUGGGGGUGCUCUCGAGAGUUCUCUUCUCUGCAUUCUCCAAAUUGGAGCUCUUAUCGGGUCGUACGAAGCAGCAGGCACGAAGUUUGAUCUCGUGGGGUCUGGUACGACAGUAUGUGGACUCAGUAUUGGUCUGUUGACAGCCGCAGCACUUGCUUCAUCUUCUUCCAUCUCAUGUCUUGCCUAUUAUGGCGUGGAAAGCAUGAGAGUGGCUUUUCGAAUGGCCAUUUAUGUCGACCAUGUGUCUCACUCUCUUGAAGCUCGGGAACCAGAUACGCCACCCAAGACCUGGGCCUAUGUAAUAACCGGAAUUAAGGCGGAUGUCGUGCAACAAGAGCUUGAUCGAUACAACGUGGAGACGUCAACUCCAAAUCUUCUCAAGGUUUUUAUCAGUGCCGCGGAUUCAUCAUCAGUCAGUGUGACUGGUCCUCCAUCUCGUCUCCUCAAUGCCCUUCAUCAUUCGGCAGUGCUCCGAUACUCCAAACAUCUACCUCUUCCCGUAUAUAAUGGACUCUGUCAUGCCGAUCAUCUUUAUUGCCCUCGUGACGCUACUGAGAUUGUAUGUUUUCCCCAAGAAAAGGCCGAUGGACCCGUACUCCUUCCGGUGUUGUCAGCCGAGACGGGAAAGCCAUAUUGUGCGACACAGGCGAGACAGUUGUGGGAAGAAGUAGUGUACGAAAUCUUGACAAGAGGCAUCUUCCUGGACCGCUUGACAGGUGGUAUAGUGGAAGAUCUGGGCAUCGUUCCACUGCCCCAAGUUGAGAUUAGCCUCUUGAGAGCUUCCAUAGUAUCCAAAGGAAUUAUUGCAGGUAUCAAAUCUCACCAUUCACAGACCACGAUAAAGGAAAUCAGUCUUAUUGAGUGGUGUCACCGUGAAGAGCCUGACUUCUUCCCUGCAAAUCCCCAGUCCCCGCAUCACUCCAAACUUGCUGUUGUGGGGAUGUCAUGUCGACUCCCUGGGGGUGCGAAUGACUUGGAGCUAUUUUGGAAGUUGAUGGAAGAUGGCAGGGACGUUCAUACUCGUGUGCCGCCAGAUCGAUUUGACGUUGAUGCUCACUAUGAUCCAACUGGAAACAUACCAAACAGCACUCAGACUCCGUAUGGCAAUUUUAUUGAUUGUCCCGGCAUGUUCGAUGCGAAUUUCUUCAAUAUGUCUCCCAAGGAGGCAGAGCAGACCGAUCCCAUGCAUCGAUUAGCUUUGGUGACUGCCUAUGAGGCUCUUGAAAUGGCAGGUUAUGCUCCCAAUCGCACACCAUCAACGAAUCUUAGCCGAAUUGGAACAUAUUACGGACAAGCCAGCGAUGAUUGGAGAGAGCUCAACGCGGGACAGAAUAUCGGGACAUAUGCCGUUCCAGGUGGUGAGCGAGCAUUUGCCAAUGGCCGAAUCCAUUACUUCUUCAAGUUUGGUGGUCCUACGUUCAACAUCGAUACAGCGUGCUCAAGUGGCUUGGCUGCCGUGAAUGCAGCAUGUAGUGCUCUAUGGGCGGGUGAAGUUGACACAGCCAUAGCCGGUGGCCUAAGCGUCAUUACCAAUCCUGAUAACUAUGCCAUGCUAUGUCGAGGCCACUUUUUAUCGCACACUGGACAGUGUAAAGUUUGGGACAAGGAUGCAGAUGGAUAUUGCAGAGCCGAUGGAAUUGGCUCAGUAGUCAUCAAGCGCCUGGAAGAUGCCGUGGCCGAUAACGACAACAUUAUUGCAGUGAUAGAUUCAGCUGCUACAAACCAGUCGGCGGAGGCAAUUUCUAUCACACAUCCCCAUGCAGGCGCUCAGAAGGAAAACUACCAGCAGGUAAUGAAUGCAGCUGGCAUUAAUCCCACAGCGGUCAGUUACGUUGAGUUACAUGGCACUGGAACACAAGCUGGUGAUGCGGUUGAAUCCGAGUCUGUGCUGGACGUAUUUGCCAACCCCAAGAUCCGUCGGCAAGUCCCGCUCCUAAUAGGCGCUGUCAAGUCGAAUUUGGGACAUGGCGAGGCGGCGGCAGGUGUUACCUCCUUGCUCAAAGUUUUACUCAUGUAUGAAAAAGGCAUAAUUCCACCACAUGUUGGGAUCAAAUCAGAAAUGAAUCCCGUAGUGGCACAAAGGUUGGAAAGAUGCCAGGCCUCCUUGGCGCUUGAAAAUAUACCAUGGCCACGAAAAAUUGACAAAAAGAGAUUCGCACUGGUCAAUAGCUUUGGAGCACAUGGUGGCAAUACAACUUUAUUGCUGGAGGAUGCACCUCAACGGGUUUCUAAAGGGACAGAUCCUCGUCUUACUCAUGUGAUUACUCUUUCCGCCAAGAGUAAGACAUCACUCAAGGCCAAUAUAGAGAACUUACGAGACUAUAUCUUGAGAUACCCACGGACAAAACUAGGGGAUCUGGCCUAUACCACAUGUGUGCGGCGGAUUCAUCACCACACUCGCGUUACAAUGACAGUAUCUACGCUCAACGAAUUGGAAGCCUCUAUGGAAGACAUUAUAUCAUCGCAAAUGAUAAAUACUAUUCGGCCCGUGUCGAUAUCUUCAUCUGCUGUCCCAUUCACGUUUACAGGCCAGGGAGCCUCUUACCCUGGGAUGGGUAGCCAGCUCUAUGAGAACUUACCCUUAUACCGCAAUGAGGUUUCAGAACUUGAUCGUCUUGUACAGAGUUUCAAUUUCUCAUCCGUUUUGCCUUAUAUCCUUGACACUAAUGAUAAAAAUGACAUUUUUUCUCCAAUGACUACUCAGCUGGCUAUUCUCGUCACAGAGAUCGCCUUAACCAGACUUUGGGCAUACCUUGGGAUAUCGCCCAGUGUCGUAAUUGGGCACAGCCUUGGAGAAUAUGCAGCUUUUGUUGCAGCCGAUAUUUUGUCUGCUGCAGAUGCAAUAUUUCUGGUCGGAAAAAGAGCUGAACUACUUCUCGAUAAAUGCCAGAGAGGGAGUCAUGGCAUGUUAGCCAUUCGAGCGGGUGCGAUUGAGAUUACAAAGUUGGCACCAACUGACUUGAAUUUUGAGAUCAGUUGUAUGAACACUCCUAAAAGCACUGUUCUCGGUGGGCCGACUGAAGAUAUUCGGAAACUUCGAGAUGUCCUCGAUGCAGCAGGAUAUAGUAAAUGCACUCUUCUAGACGUGUCUUUUGCUUUUCACACAGAACAAAUGGAUUCGAUCCUUGAUGUAUUUGAGAACCUAGCGCAGCAAGUGAGCUUUCGUGCUCCAAGUGUUCCAGUUCUCUCCCCACUACUUGGAGAUUGCAUUUUUGAUGGAAAAACAAUAAACAGCAGUUACCUUCGCCGUGCUUCACGAGAGCCAGUUCGUUUCUUCGAUGCUAUAGAAGCUGGCCGAGAUCUGAGUGUUAUUGAUGAAAGCUCUCUAUUUAUUGAGAUUGGUCCCCAUACAGUGAACGGCUCGUUCAUUCGAUCUGUGCUCCCCAAGACUAAGACACUUGCUUCCCUGAUCAAAAACGAGAAUGACCUUUCAGCGUUAGCAGGCUCCUUGGCAGUUCUACAUAACGAUGGGCUUUCUGUUAACUGGAAUGCUUAUUUUAAACCAUAUGAACAAUCGCAUCGCCUUCUACGCCUUCCAACCUAUAGCUGGAACAUGAAGAACUAUUGGAUUCAGUAUGUUGGCACUUGGACUUUGGAAAAAGCCUAUCCACAAAAGACUCGUACACAAAGUACCGCUCCGACAGAUUCAUCAUUCAAGUCUUCUUCUAUUCAUUGCAUCCUUUCUGAAGAGAUCGAUGAUAAAGUCGCAAGAAUGACGGCGAUUUCUGAUAUUAUGCAUCCUGAGCUUCGUGCAGCAGUCGACGGUCAUACAAUGAAUGGAUUCGGUGUUGCCUCAUCCUCCAUAUGGGGAGAUAUGGCCUUCACAGCAGGUGAAUAUCUUUAUAAACGCGCCCGCUCCAAACUCAAUAGUAUCGAAAUGGAUAUCACGGAGUUAGCCGUCUACCACGCACAGAUCGCACAUACCGAUAAAAGUCGCUCCCAAGCCUUGCAGAUCGAAGCUUCCCUGGAUCUUACAACAGACAGAAUGUCAAUUUACUGGUACAAUAUACUCAGCGACAAACUUGAAAAUCGCGCAACUGAGCCUUAUGCCACCGCCACUGUGAUACUAUUUACUGACGCGGCUCCUUGGCGCAAAGAAUGGAGCAAAGUAACUCACCUUGUUAACAGCAGAAUAGAGUCCCUUGACAGCAUGGUCCACCAAGGUGUUGCAAGUCGUUUAUCCCAUAACAUGACCUACGACCUAUUCAAGAAUGUAGUUGACUACAGCGAGCACUACCGCGGCAUGCAGUCCGUAGUAUUGAACGGUCUCGAGGCAUACGCAGACAUUACCCUGAACCCAGAUCGACACGGUAUCUGGCAUACACCUCCACAUUGGAUUGACAGUAUCUUCCACCUCGGAGGAUUUGUACUAAACGGAAGCGACGCGUCCAACACUCAAGAUUAUUUCUACGUCACACCAGGAUGGGGAAGCUGCCGUAUUUCCCAAGCUCUUGAAGCCGGGGGAAAAUACCGCAGCUACGUACGCAUGGCACCGAGUGAAGAGAAGAACAUGUAUUCUGGCGACGUAUACGUUCUCCAAGGAGGGACGAUCAUUGGUAUGAUGAGCGAUAUGAGAUUUCGUCGUGUGCCGCGCGUCUUGAUGAAUCAAUUCUUUUCUCCUCCAGAUGACGCCUCGGAGAAGCCAAUUAUACCCACUCCCGUUCCCGCUAAACCUGUCCAGCAUAAGGCAGCAGCUCAACCUGUUGUCUCGGCACCUGCUUGUGGUCCUGCCCCCACUAAGGACCCAGUAUCUAAUCCCUCGGCAGGUGAAAACGUCUCCACACCGGAAAAUAACGAGGUGGCCUUGUCGGUCAGCCCUAUUGUUGGAGAUUGUCUGAAGAUCAUUGCUCGGGAGACAGGGUUGGAUAUCUCCGAGCUGACGGAUGGUGCAUCCUUUGUCGAACUUGGCGUCGACUCGCUGAUGUCACUAGUGUUGUCGGAGAAAUUCCGUCAAGAGUUGAAUUUGGAGGUCAAGAGCUCGAUAUUCAUUGAAUGUCCUAAUAUUGGAGAGCUCAAGGCGUGGUUGGAUCAGUGA